CAACACAAUGUAAACAAUCUCGAUGUAUCGAGCAAAGUACGCUAAUUACUGCAAUUCUCCUAGAAAAAAAGCAAAUCUAAUUCACGAAGAGGCACUUGUGUUAUGAAUACUUUUUUUCUUUUUGUUAAUCGCGACGUGAAUCUCGCGGAGUAUCGCACGUGACGUUUGCAGUUUGAGGCCGCACUGUUUUGGCUAGGAUGUAAACAGAAUCUGCAGAAGGGAUGCCAAAUACCUGCUGACCAUACGGUACAAUGACUCUAAGCAUCUGUGCUCCUUGUUCUCAUUUGUGUUAGAGUCUGGAGAUUCCAAGAAGAUUUAUUUUAUGAACCCAGUGAUCGAUUCCGUAAAAAUGGACCGGACGCAUAAAGUGCUUCUUAGACAGUGUUGAAAAUUAAUUUAGAAUGAGUGGAAGGCGGGUUGGGGGCAAGCCCGCCCCGGAGUAUAAUAUUGUACUCUUAGGAGAUCUUGGUGUUGGAAAAUCAGCCCUGACAGUCAAAUAUAUGACAAGAAGAUUUAUCAUGGAGUACGAUCCAUGUAUAGAGGACACAUAUACAAAAUUAGAAGACAUCGAGGGACAGGAACUCACAAUACACGUGAUGGACACGUGCGAUAAGGAGGAUAGCGACCCCCAAAGAUAUCUACGUUGGGCCGACGCUUUCAUGGUAGUAUAUAGUAUCACAAACAGAGAAAGUUUCCAGACAGUCCGGAAAUACUUAGAAACGAUCACACAAUUCCUUAAGACAGCUAAUAAAGAACUUCCGGUUGCCAUCGUUGGAAAUAAGAUCGAUUUAGAGAGAUACAGACAAAUAAGUAAAGAAGAGGGCGCUAGUUUAGCAGCAGAGUAUGAGUGUUUGUUUUUUGAGACAACAGCAGCGGAGGAAUUUGAAUAUGUGGAGGACAUAUUCCAUGGUCUCGUUCAUGAGAUUCAGCGAGAACGAGGCGAGAAGCAUAUUCACUUUCAGCCUCUCUUCAUCACAGAAGAAAAGUUUCAGUGUGCCCAAAGAGGGGGUCGUCCUAAAUCCCCCAGGUCCCCCGCGGACCGGAAGGACGAUAAACCCGGAAGCAAGAAAAACAGUUCUAGUUUCAAGCUAUUUAACAAAAGCUUUAAAAUUUUCAAUUAAUUAAAACUCAGUCGCUUGUAGAUAAAAUUACAAUGUAAUUAUUAAUUUGAUGGACAAUUUGAAGUGUGUUUCAGGGGUGAAAAUUUUACAUUUUUGUUGUUGAGUAAGAAGCUAAAGAUUAGUACAAAUGUUCACAUUUUUAUGCCGUAAAACAUUUCUAAACUUAUCUUUUGUAUGCAUAAUGCUUCAAUGUUUGUCGACAUCAAAAUUCUUUUAUGUAUCUUGAGGCAUUUAAUUCAUUUUCAUAACUUUUUCAUGAAAAUUAUUUUACUAUAAUUGUUGACAUGUAAUAAAUCAUCGUGAAGACGUUGAUAUGUUUCAUAUUCUAGUUGUUUAAGAAUAAAAGUUUUUCA